UUUUAUUUUCUCUUUAUAUAUAUAUAUUAUACUUUCUAUUCUCUUGGGAUCUUCAAGAGUUUGAAUCUUUAGUUACCUAAGCGUUUGUGAUUCAACUUAAAGCAGGUAGGUACCAUCAACUGUUUGUGUGUUACAUGAUGAGAAUAUUCCCUUUUUGGACAGAAUGAUUCUUUUUAUAUGUUAAGUAUUUUACUGGUUUCAUGUCCUUAAGUCUUUCUGUUCCUCAGAACCAGGUCUCUCUCCCUUUGCAUCAGGAUCAAGGCUUACACACAAGUGUUUUCACUUUUCUGAUUAGGUUUUGGAGUAAGAAUUAACUUUGUGUUUUAUAACACUCGUUGAUCCUCGUCCUCUGUGUCAUGGAGGAUCCUUGUGAGACACUCAACAAUAGUGAAGCCUUUCACAUGUCUAGAUAUCAUAGCUAUAACAACCACAGCCCCAGAAUCUCCUCCCCCUGGUUGGAUCUGAGAGUGUUCUACGUCAGGAUAAGCAACGUCAGGGUUGAAGAUUCAACCCCUGAGGCCCUCACCAUCAAUCACAUUGCUCUGGAUCCAGACACGCUUCUGGAGAUAAACGGUGUUAGGAUGAGCAUGUACUCGGAAGGGUGUUCUUCACAGCUUAGGAGGGAUCGUGUUGAUAAGAAAUCUGAAGAAGCUACUUACGUUAGCACAGACAAUAUCAGGUUAAAUGGUAGUGUAAAGUUUGAGGUUUAUGACAAGAAAGAGCUAGUUUUGUCUGGAUUUCUUGAGAUGUCUGAUGGUAAUGGGUUCACGGGGGAGUCGAAGAAGCAGUGGAACAUGACUUGCGAAGCUGAGAUCACUGUAGGGUCUGGUUUUGUAAAGGAGAAGAGCAGAAAUGGUCAAGAGUUAUUGCCCGCUUUGCCAACUAUCGAGGUCUAUGUCACUGGCUGCUUCUCAGGAACACCCAUCAUCUUAACCAAGACUCUGCAGCUUGGUUUGAGAAAGAAGCAAAGUAGAAGAAUGGCAUUGGAUUCAAUUCCUGAGUAUGAAACUGCAGAAGAGCCUCAGAAAGACAUAUCCUCUGAGCUUGAUCUUCAGCAAAUUCAUGUUUUUGAUAGUAGGAAGAUAAAAAAUCGUUUAAAGAAAUGAAGUGGACCAGUCUCUCCUGCUGGUGAAUGUGGCAUGUGGCUGGACACAGUUUACAGUUGAAGGAGACAAAUAAAAAUCUCCCAUAUGCUUUUGUUAUCUUGAAGCUCUUAUCCAUUUGUCUGCUGCUUCUAUGACCCAAUGUGGUGCCCACAUAUGGUUGCCACCCACAACCCCCCCCCCCCCCCCCCCCCAAUAUAACUCUGUUUGUAAUGUUGUGAUUUGAAAAAAAGUCUGUCAAAUACUUUGAAUCAUUGUAGGCUUAUAAGAGUGUUUUAGGGACUAGGGGGUUGUAGUAAAUAGGCAAUGGGAGUUGUUGCAUAGAAGCCUGUAUGAGAAGUAACUAGCAAAGCUGAUCUUUGAAAGUAUGAUUCUCUUAUAUUGUUAGUGUCCUUAAAAGUAUCAAUCUCUUUAUCUCUAGGCAGCAGAAUACGCGAAUUACAAAGAUUAUGAAGGAGACAGGUAUUGGAGAAGUGAGUGCUUAGAUGGAGAAAUGUCAUGGUUCAAUGCAGGUGUAAGAGUUGGUGUUGGGAUUGGACUUGGUGCAUGUGUUGGUAUUGGGAUUGGUGUCGGUCUUCUCGUACGUACUUAUCAAUCAACUACCAGAAACUUCAGGAGGAGGCUUCUCUAGUUUUAUAAAAUAAAUUGAAAUUCUGUAAGAAUCUUCUUGUUUUAUAACCGUAGUAUUUUGGGUGUGAUUUGAAUUAAACACUUAGGUGUGGGUUUAUUGGCAUCUGAUUUCCUGUAAAUAAAUGAAUGAGAGAGUUAGCUUUUUGUACUCAGAACUUGGCUGGAGACCACCACUUGUAAACUAGAUAAAUAUACUGGUUACAGAA